AUGGAGGUUGUAGACGGUGUGGGUGUCUUGCGACCCGAUAGCAUGGAUCAUGGUGAUCCGUACACUGCUGUGGCCGAGUCUGCCGUCCGCCGACAAUUUAGACAAAGACAAGAUUUACCCAACAUUCAUCCUGAUGUGUCACCUCCGUCUUCAGUAUCUGGUGGCGUGGAAGUUGAGGGCGAAGCCCAAGCUGAAGAGGAAGGAGAGCAAGCACAGCCUGAAGCGACUGCGGAAGAAGAUGACAAUGAAGGCACCGAUGAGGAAGACGACGAGGCCACGGGCUCCACGGCUGAAGAAGUUCGACAAAGGGCGGUACAUGAGCGCUGGCGCCGUCGCCGGUUUUAUACAGAUGAAGAGGACGGUGCCACCGCACCCGAAGGAUUCGAGGAUGACACAGAUGAAAACGAGUCCGAAGAUGAAUCCAUCUAUCCAGAACAAUCCUCACGACCGCCGUCUUUGAGAUCACGCUCUUCUUCGAAAGUACGCUUUGAGGAUGAUGAUUACGACGUACGCUCCAACGGAUCCACGUCAGUCGGCGAGCGUUGGGGCGGAUUCGAGGUUCCUGAACCAGAAAGGGACAUCGGAAAAGAAAUCCUUUAUCAAGCAACCAAAGAAGGAAUGAAUGAGCUUCUGGAUGUCUUGUUCAAGGCCAAGGAGGAUCUUGUGAUGGAGCUCCGUAGGACUCGCAACGACCGUAUCCGAUGGGCCGCUGAAAUAGAGUGGUUCAAAGAUCCAAGCAAACGCUGGGAAAGGAAUGAUCCAGAAUUCUGUCUGCCUGGUGAUUUGGAUUACAUGAAUUAUUAUGAGGCUACCAGUUUGGAUGAACUACUUGAUGCCUCUGGUUACGCUGUGAUUGACAAUGCCGAACCGGAACCCACUGUUGACGGACCUUCGGGUUCGAAGGUUGACAUCGGAGAGCGUGAAGAAACCGAAGAAAUUGAACAAUUCGAUCCAACGCUCCCUCAACACAGACCAAACGAAGCACCCAUGCCCAACCCUGCAGCUGCCUCUGCCUCUUCUCUCCAUCUCCGCCUCGACAGUUCAACAAUGUUCCCGGUUCCACAACCAGACAGUCCCAACCAAGCCGAAACAACAGCUCCCAAAUUCUCACCAGUCCUGAAACCCACUCCAUCUACCGCCUCUCCCAUCCAUCAAUCCCCCAAACUGCCUCCAUCACACAAACGAGCUGCCCCACCACCACCGUCGCAGCCACCAAAACCCACUCGCCGCCAACUCGCAUACUGGGCCUCUCUAAACGACGCAGAACGCGAGAUUCUUGCCCGUGGUGGCGGCGCAAAGCUUAGUUAUGAUGAGUUUCGUAGGAUUAUGAAUACUGAUGAAGGCAAGAAGUUGAAUUUUGUCAGUACUUAUAUUGAAAUGGCUAGUUUCUAG